CGCUGCUAUAUCUAAAUGAAAAAGGUGAAAUUGAAGCUUUUAUGCAAAAAUUCGAAAUAAUAUCGGAAUGUCAAAAUUGAAUGCUAUCGUAGUGGUCGCGAAACUGUUAUUCUGAUUGUGCGGUUUAAAUAUACUUACAGACAUCAACGAGUGGAUUUUUAAAUGACAUUAUGCGCACAAUUUUAUUCGAUCGCUGUCUAAUGGAAUAUAAUGUUCAUAAUUGGGUAAAGAGAAGCACUGGGACUGUCAGCGUGCACGCGAAGCCCUAUCGCGCGAACAACGGCGAUCGAAUGUGUCUGACCACCGCGUAUGAUCAGUUAGUGUUUGUUGUUCGAUGUUGGCGAAGGAAUACAAUAUACGGAAAGAAGCAGAGGACAAUAUAAAAGAGCAUGAAGCUCUUUACUUUGGUGAAGGUCGCGUACGCUAUGCUGGUGAUCACCCUGUUGCUGAUGAUGUGGGCGUCCAUGGCGCGGAUGCACGAGCUACCGGUCCACUAUCCACCGUGUUUCUUUAAUCCGCUUUGCACUUGUUCGAAAGCCAUGCCGGAUCUUGGCAGAGUGGCGUGUUACAGUGUACCGAUGCCACGAAUACCGCAGGCGAUUAAUUCAUCUAAAAUGUAUAUGCUGCAACUGGAGAACAACGGGCUGAGAUUUCUGCAGCCACAGUAUCUUAUGAAUACUGGUCUCUACCAACUACAGAUUAAGCAUAAUCCUCUGGCGGAUAUUCCGGAAGAAGCCUUUCUAGGUCUUGAAAGAUCAUUAUCGAUGCUCGACUUGUCCUACAAUCAACUCGCAAACAUACCGAGCAAAUCAUUUAGACAUUUACAAAAACUGGAAGUUCUCGAACUCACAGGCAACAAGAUAUCUCGCAUUGUGCCGAAGAAUUGGCGUGGUUUGGAGAACUCUUUACAAACUCUACGUUUGGGGAAAAAUGCGAUUGAGAAAUUGCCAGCCGAUGCCUUCGUUAGUCUCACGUAUUUAGAGAUCCUUGAUCUUCGAGAAAAUAGUUUGAAAGAGAUCGAUCCUUCGGUAUUCAGAGAUGGGAUGGCUCACCUGACACACUUUUAUUUGAAUGACAAUCAACUGACAUACGUGCCGUAUAUCCAAUUAUUUUCAUUAAAACGUAUGAAGGUCCUUGAUCUCAGUUACAACAAGAUAUCAAAAAUGCUGCACGCUCAACAGGAACCGGAGGUCAGGGGUAUACAGAUGUCUUUGGAUGUGUUGCAACUGGAUUAUAAUCAGAUAAAAACUCUCGCAUCCGGUGAUUUUCAACAUUUUUACAAGGUCAACCGCACAUAUCUUAGAGGCAAUCCCUUGAUGACUAUCGAGGAGGGUACGUUCAAAGAUUCACGCAUUCGUGAGCUAUAUUUGAGCGAUUGCGAUUUGCUGGAGAUCAACUCGGCCAACUUAGCCGGCUUGGAAUCGUCGCUCGAGUUAUUGGACGUGUCAGGAAAUAAUAUAACUAUGCUUCCUAAUCGUCUAUUUCAAGAAUUCGAUCUCCUGCAUACGCUUAUCUUCCGCGAGAAUCGUAUCAACACAUUUUCGCCAACUGAAGUUUUUAGUGGCUUCCAAUAUUUGUAUAAUUUGGAUCUCAGCGGCAAGCAGAACGGCAUGAUUUCCCUUCAAGACCUACGACAAAUGAGAAAUUUGCGUUUCCUCUCGAUCUCCCGAAUGCCACAGGCAAUCUUAUCGGCGAAUGAUUUUCUAGAAUUUGGUAUGGACAUCAAAGAAUUACGGAUAAUUAAUAGUAAUCUGAACACGAUCAAAAAUCACGCUUUCAUGCACGUUCGCGGAAUCAAGUAUCUUGAUUUUUCUGAAAACUCGAUAUCGACUAUAGAUGAUGAUGCUUUUUCGGAGGUGGGCUAUUCUCUUUUAACAUUAAGGAUGUCUCAUGGUCUCUCCUCCUCAAUUUCUGAAAUACCAAAUCGGCCAUUUAAAUCGUUAAGGAAUUUGCAGCAUCUUGACCUUAGCAAUAACAAGAUACGAUCUUUAUCUGCUACAUCUUUUCAUUUUUUAAAUAGGAUAAAACGCAUUGAGCUUCAGGAUAAUGAAAUUGAUAGUAUACUGAAGGGUACCUUUCAGGGUGAAAUCCAUUCAACGCUAGAAGAAAUCAACUUCGCUUUUAAUCAAGUGAGGGAUUUGCAAACUCAUACAUUCAUUGAUUUGUCGGCUUUAAUGACAAUUAAUCUGGAGGACAAUACCAUCGAGAGGAUCGAAAGACGAGCCUUUAUAAAUAUGAACCGACUUAAAUAUAUCAAUCUGCGCGGCAACAAGAUUAGAGACAUCACCGAUGAAGCCUUUCAAAAUUUACCAGAUCUUGAGUUUCUUGAUCUCGCAUAUAACAAUCUUAAUGAAUUUGACUUCGCCUCAUUCGAUCAAGUGGGUACAUUAUCAUCAUUCAAAGUCAACGUUAGUCAUAAUGAAAUUUCAAGAUUAUGGGUAAAUAGCACCUCUUUCACACCUUCAUCUGUCGUUGGUGGUAAUGUGCAAUCGAACAUCAAAGUUCUGGAUUUGAGUUACAAUAAUAUCUCCGAUAUUGCGAAAUAUUAUUUCAAGCCGGUCGAGUACUCACUCACUCAUCUGUAUCUGUCAAACAAUCAAUUAAGAAACAUCACUCAGGAUGUCUUUGGCAAUAUGGCUCACUUGCAAUGGCUCGACCUGAGACAUAAUGAGCUGAUAGAAAUAUAUUUUGAUUGCUUGAAGAACACGAACAACUUGCAAGUGUUACUUUUCUCCUGGAACGAAAUCACGGACAUCCCAGCGGAGACUCUAAGAUCCUUGAAGAAACUGCGCAUCGUGGAUUUGUCUCAUAACAAACUGAGAACACUGCCAGACAACAUGUUUACUGACUCUGAUAUAGAGAGUCUUGAUCUCUCGCACAAUCAAUUCACGAGACUGCCCGUCAAAAGUAUGUCAGUGACUUCCACUGCAAAUUUGGCAAAUUUGGAUAUGUCUUGGAACAUUCUAUCGGGGAUUCACACCACCGACACGAUAUUCAGACUUAGAGAAUUUCUUUUUCCACGGCUAGAUGAGUUGGACUUAGGGGACAUUUGGUUCCAACAAGAUGGUGCAACGGCACACACUUCAAGAGCAUCGAUGGCUGUUUUGAGGGAACACUUCCCAGAGCGCCUCAUCUCAAUUAGGGGCGAUUUGGAGUGGCCGGCCCACUCUCCCGAUUUGACCCCUUGUGAUUUUUUUCUAUGGGGUUUUUUGAAAUCCCGUGUUUAUGUGAACCGUCCAAGGACUCUACAAGAUUUGAAGACCAACAUCCAGGAAGAAAUUGCCAACAUAACGCCUGCUAUGCUGGCAAAAGUCAUGACAAACACCAGAAAUCGGUUUACUCAAUGUAUGGAGAAUGAGGGACGUCACCUAUCUGAUUUGAUCUUCAAAACUAUCCUGUCCUCAAGAUUGGUCCAUUUAGACAGGAUGAACUUAAUGGCUGACCUACUGAUCAUAUUAUUCUCGUUAAAGAGGAAACUUCUGUAUCUCGGUCUGAGCAAUAUUUCUCUCUUAAGUAUUCCAGAGUUGCCUCUAAGACGAUUGCAAACUUUAAAUCUGGCAUAUAACGGGUUGGCAUCGAUUUCUCCGGAAAUGUCGUCCAAUCUUACAUCUCUUCAUUAUUUAGAUUUAAGUUAUAAUGAUUUAACAGUGGUACCCUUGAUUACUCACACAUUACCGGAAUUAAAAACCUUCAAUUUGGCGAACAAUCCCAUUACUGCUAUUACAAAUACUAGUUUUCUUGGUGUGGCUGAUAGUCUCGAAGAGCUCGAUAUACGAAAACUCAGUCUGUCAAUCUUUGAGGCAGGAGCACUUUGCAAAGCUACCAAACUCCGCAAACUAUACAUUACUGCGUACAAUAGUAUAAAGAAUUUCAACUUUCCCAACAUCCUAAAAUAUAACCACGGUUUAAAACAUUUGCUCAUUGAUAUUCAAAAUGACACCAAUCUAGAGAAAGAAAUGAGAGGGAAAUUGCCUUACAAAUUAUACAACAUUACGUUGACUGGUAAAGCUUUGAAGACUAUACAUCCAGAGAUACUACACGGUGUGCGAAAUCCCCAUCUUCACUUCAGUUUAUACAAUACCAGCGUGGCGAUUGUGCCGCGAGAAAUAUUUAGAAACGCUCAGCGUGUGCGUAAUGUAACCGUGGAAAUCCGCAAUAGCGAUAUACGAUCAUUGCAUAAUCCAUCAUCCAGUUAUAAACCGGGAGUACCAGGCCAGCGGUUUCUCAUGAAACUUCGAUUAGCGGAUAGUCAUAUCAAUUGCGAUUGCGAUAUUGGAUGGAUAGAAAUAUGGCAAAGGAAGCACAGACAAUAUCAAGAGGACCAAUGUAUUUCUUACGACGAAUUCCAUAAUUUCGAGCGAGAGGAGGUCGACGAAUUUAAUUGUUGGGACAAUGGUUGGGAUGACGAUAUCCGCGAGACGUUCUGUCUGAACAAAAACAACGUAUCAUUGUCAAAUUUAUUAAAAACGGAGCUGGAAUGUGGAUGGGCCAUGGCAAGCACUAUCGAGCUGAACACUAUUUUCUUGGUGUUUUCAGUCAUUUUAGCUGCUGUUUAUUAAGCAUCUUUUUCUCAAU